CACAGACUACGCAACAAGGACUGGAGGACAGGAGGUCGUGCAGCCAGACAGUACCAGAAGUCUCUCAACAAAAGUAUAGAGAAGAUGAAGUCUGUGUUUAGGAACUUCGAGGACGAUGGAUGGGAGGAAGUUUCCGGCUCUCAGGACGAAGAGGAGACAGAAAGUGAUACUCUAGGACAAGCCAUAGUGUCAAGGUCGCGCACAGAGCUCUCACCCACAGACUGUACAGACAGCUCCUUCUCAUCACAGGUCAAGACUCGUACCAAUAUUAAGCAGUCUCCACUACAGCGACAGUCCACUCGUUCCCGGCGUUCCAUCAUACGCAAUCUUCAGAGGGUACCUCGAUCAUCUCAGUCAGGACCACAGAUAUCCUCCAGCUCCACAUCAGCAGAUGCAGGGCGCAAAGUUGUGUUACGUGAGACGGGGACUUCACCAAUGAAGCAAGCUGUAACAAAGGAUUCACUAACUCCAUCCCCCUCCCCAGCCAAACUACAUGAGCAGAAGAUGGCCCACAAUCACACCCUCCGACAACUCAAACAGGCCAAGCAGAGGGUCCAUAACCUACAACAACAGGUAACUAACCUUCGAGAUUCAAGGGCAGCGACUCUGAAGGCCUUCCAGGAACACAAAGAUGCCAGUCAGCAGCUGGAGUCAGACCUUAACUUAGCCAAUCAGAGACUUCGUGUCUCAAAACAAAACAUUCAGAAAAUGAGCAAUGAUAUUGAGAAGUUAGUUAAGGAGAAGGCUCACUUGGAGAGUCAGCAGGUCCUGAGAGAGGAGACGGUCACUCCAGCUGUUAACACCGACAAACGGACAGAACAAGACUGGAAAAUGCUGGAAGUAAGACUUAAGACCUCCUCCAGUGAAGUCUGUCGUCAGUCAGCCUCACUACGACAGAUGAAACAGGAAAACACCAGUCUUCAGGACCAGGUCCGAACUCUUCAGGACAGAAUCAACCACCUGGAGAGAGACAACAACCAGAAACGAACCCUCCUUGAGGAUACAAGGAGUAAGCUACGGAUCUCACAGGACAGCUCUCGCUCAGAGUCAAACAACAUGGAAGAAAUGGAGACACGAAUCAAACUAUUACAGGAGGGUGCUGACAGGUCAAGGGUACAGGUAAAAAUGACUAGUACUGUUAGGUCACAGAUACAGUUAACACUGACUAGGACUGUAAGGUAA